AUGUACGAUUCGCUCGCGCUGUUACUGCACAGGCUCGUGCUCUUCUCUGACCUGAGCGCGCUCAAAGGCGCGUGGCCGUGGCGGAGGGAGCGAGAGCGCGCGGCCCCGAUACCACUACCUUCCCUUCUUCCGGACGCGCUCGCGUUGUGCCGCGGGGACGUGCUUGAGGUGCCGCGCACGCUCUUCGUGCACUUCGGUAUCUAUCUCGGGAAUGACCGCGUGGCGCAUCUCGUGCCCGACAUCCUGCCGGCGCUCACUGGAGAGCGUGCGCUCACCGCGGUCACCAACGCGCGCCUCGUGCUCGGUUGCAUGUGCCGGAGCGCGAGCGUGCGUGUGGAUUCGGUGGCAGACUUCGCGUACGGCGCCCCGGUGCGCGUGAACGCCAUGGACCGUAGGCUCUCCGGCGCGCGCGCCAUGGAUGGAGAGGAGGUCGCGUGCAGGGCCGAGAGGUGCGUAGGUCACGUGGCCUACAGCCUGCUGUGGAAUAACUGCGAACACUUCGUCACUUCCUGUCGAUUCGGUACACCUGUGAGCCUGCAGACUGACCAGUUCUGUAGUGGUGUGAAGACAGUUCUUCGGGAUCAGCGGAGUGUCCUGCUCUCCCUCCUUCUGGGUCUCAUCUCAGUCAUUUACUUUGGUCUGAUGCCAGCAACGACAUUACCCACCAUCCUCAUCUCCUUCAUGUUAUGGAUGGCUGGUUGACGUGAAAAGGGCAAACAAGUGGAAUGGACUGUGUGGUGCAGAUGUCCUGAACUCUCGCUUCAUUCCUAUCUUGUGUUCCAGUAUUGCGUAUCGCUUACCCUA